CCUCAACUGAACAUAUCUUAACAUACACAACUUGUCUUCUUUUCCUCUCAUUUCUCUUUCAUGAAACACACAUAAUUAACACGUUCUUUUUAUUGCUACAAACCAUUCCACAUUCCAACUUUCUUUUCUCACCCCCUACCACCACCCACCAAAAACCUCUUAUUUUAUUUCAUUGUUUCUCUCUUUCUCUGUUUUGGAAAACAUGAACUGCUUGCAUAGUUGGCCUGAACCUGUGGUCCGAGUCCAAUCGUUAUCCGACAGUGGGAUUCGCCAAAUCCCACAUCGUUACAUUAAGCCGCCAUCUCACAGACCAAUGAUCAACAGCAACAGUGAUGCCUCUUUCCACAGUGAGAUUAACAUUCCUGUUAUUGAUUUGCAGAAUGUUUUAUCUAGUGACCAAGCCCUUCGUCAAGACACUCUGACGAGAAUCUCAUGCGCCUGUCGCGACUGGGGUUUCUUUCAAGUAAUCAACCAUGGAGUGAACCCUGAACUCUUGCGGGGAAUCCGUCAAGUGUGGCGCGAGUUCUUUAACUUGCCCUUGGAAAAGAAGCAAGAGUAUGCAAACUCACCGGCUACUUAUGAAGGGUAUGGUAGCCGGUUAGGGGUGGAGCAGGGGGUGACUCUUGAUUGGAGUGAUUAUUUCUUUCUUCAUUACAUGCCAGCUUCGCUUAGAAACCACCAAAAGUGGCCUGCCAUCCCAGCUUCCUGCAGGGAAUUGGUAGCUGAAUAUGGAAGUGAAGUAGUUAAACUCGGUGGCAGACUGAUGAGGGUAUUUUCUACAAACCUCGGCCUGGAAGAGGACCGUCUACAGAAUACUUUUGGUGGGGAUGACAAUAUUGGUGCAUGCUUGAGAGUGAACUUCUACCCUAAAUGUCCCCAACCUGACCUUACGCUAGGCCUUUCACCACAUUCUGAUCCUGGCGGCAUGACCAUUCUCCUCCCGGAUGAAAAUGUCGCUGGACUACAGGUCCGUCGAGGCGACAAUUGGAUUACUGUUAAACCCGUCCCAAAUGCCUUCAUUAUCAACAUAGGAGAUCAAAUUCAGGUUCUGAGCAAUGCCAUUUACAAGAGUGUAGAGCACCGUGUAAUCGUGAAUUCUGAUAAAGAUAGAGUCUCACUUGCCUUUUUCUACAACCCUGAAAGUGACUUGCUGAUUGAACCUUGUAAGGAACUUGUGACAAUGGAAAGGCCAGCUCUCUAUCCAGCAAAGACAUUUGAUGAGUACAGACUUUACAUUAGGACAAAGGGUCCUUGUGGAAAACAACAAGUUGAAUCUCUAAAAUGUUCUUGAUCAUCACCAUUGUUGCUAUAGUAUUUUCUUUUCCGAACUUUAUCGAUUUGAUCAGAUUAAUUUGAAGGCAGUACCUACACUGCAUGGGUCUUUGUUGCAUUUCAAUAAGGAAGCUAAAGGCUGCACCAAGAGUUGAAUUAUGAACGAUUUGUUCAACUAUAGCUUAAGUACAUUUAUUCUGAAAUUGUCAUCAAUUGAAAAGGAAAAAUAGAGAGAUGUUUAUUGGUGAUAUAGGGCUUCCUCUGGUGAUAAAAGAAUUGCAGAAAUUUUAAUUCCAAUCCACUAUGAUAUCUGUGUUUAUCUUUCUUUAUCACAAUGGAACUCUCAAAUUUCCAACUCA